AUGCUCGGGAUUGCCACCCUGAUUGUUGACACCGAAAACACGAUUGGUGACAAUUGGCGCAGACGGUACCAUCAGCUCGUUCUUCAUGACCCAGUUUGGUACGAUCAUAUGCCCUACCUGAGAUUCCCACCAAACUGGCCUAUUUUCACACCAAAGGACAAACUCGCCGAGUUUUUCGAGUCGUAUGCCAAGUUAAUGGAGCUGAACGUUUGGGUCAAGACGAAGAUCGAAUCGACCUCAUGGGAUGAGGGCAAGAAACAGUGGACGAUUACCGUCAAGCGCACCAAAGAAGAUGGCAGCACCGAGAGCCGCACCCUGCAUCCCAAGCACGUCGUUCAAUGCACAGGUCAUUCUGGCAAGAAGAACUAUCCCACCGUCAAAGGAAUGGACGGUUUCAAAGGUGAUGUGCUCUGUCAUUCUUCUGAAUUCAAGGGAGCACGCCCGAACGGCAAAGGUAAGAAAGCAGUAGUGGUUGGGUCCUGCAAUUCAGGCCACGACAUCGCCCAGACCUUCUAUGAAAACGGCUACGACGUCACAAUGGUGCAAAGAUCCACAACCUGUGUCGUCUCCAGCGAAGCGAUCACCAACAUCGCGCUCGCUGGGCUGUACGACGAAAACGGUCCCCCUGUUGACGAUGCAGAUCUGUGGCUGCAUAGUCUGCCUAGUGAAGUCCUCAAAGCCCUGCAGGUCAAAGUUACCGAGUUACAAAACCAGCAUGAUGCGGAACUCCUCAAAGGGCUCGAGAAAGUCGGCUUCAAGGUCGACAAGGGACCGGAGAACGCAGGGCUCUUCAUGAAAUACUUCCAACGCGGCGGCGGAUACGUGAUAGAAGUUGGGGCAAGUCAACUUAUUAUCGACGGGAAGAUCAAAAUCAAGCAAGGCCAGGAGGUGGAGAAAAUCCUGCCUCGCGGACUCCGCUUUGCCGACGGUAGCGAGUUGGAAGCCGACGAGAUCGUGUUCGCAACGGGGUAUAAGAACAUGCGCACGACCGCAAGGGACAUCUUUGGCGAUGAGGUCGCCGACCGGGUGGGCGAUGUCUGGGGUUACGACGCCGAGGGCGAGAUGCGGACCAUUUGGAGACGGACGGGCCAUCCGGGGUUCUGGUUCCACGGCGGGAACCUGGCGCUGUGUCGGUACUAUUCCAAGUUGCUGGCCUUGCAGAUCCAGGCACUGGAGGUAGGGAUCGCGAAGUACUGA